GUUCCGCCUAACAAGAGGGCGGAAGGAUUUAGCUGAGACACACAAGCUCCAUUGUUUCCGGCCAGCUCAGCGCGUCAGCACUGUGGUGUUGUCAGUUUACAGCCUGUCAAACACUGAGACCAGUCACCUGUAACACUCACGGGGCGGCGGAGAACCACCAGAGGACGAGGGCGACAUGGUGCUGCUGACGAUGAUCGCUCGCCUGGCCGACGGCCUGCCGCUGGCCGCCUCAAUGCAGGAGGACGAGCAGUUGGGUCGGGAUCUUCAGCAGUAUCAGAGUCAAGCUAAGCAGCUCUUCAGGAAGCUCAAUGACCAGAGUCCCACACGCUGCACUUUAGAGGCUGGUUCCAUGGCAUUUCACUAUUUUAUAGAGAAAGGAGUGUGCUACCUUGUGCUGUGUGAAGCCAGCUUUCCCAAGAAGCUGGCCUUUGCUUACCUAGAAGACCUGCAGGCAGAGUUUCAUGAGCAACAUGGAAAGAAGGUCCCCACAGUAUCCCGUCCUUACUCCUUCAUUGAGUUUGACACCUACAUUCAAAAAACCAAGAAGUCAUACAUUGACAGUCGAGCGAGAAGGAACCUGGGCAGCAUCAACACAGAGCUCCAGGACGUACAGAGGAUCAUGGUGGCUAACAUAGAGGAGGUUCUGCAGAGAGGAGAGGCUCUCUCUGCGCUCGACUCCAAGGCCAGCAACUUGUCCAACCUGUCAAAGAAGUACAGGAGCGACGCCAAGUAUCUGAAUACCCGCUCCACCUAUGCCAAGCUGGCAGCUGGUGGUGUCUUUUUCAUCAUGCUGAUUGUCUAUGUACGCUUUUGGUGGCUCUGAGAGAGAAAGAAGAGUAGAAGAAGAGGAAGGAGGUACUGGAAGUGGAAAAUGAGCUGCACACUCUGCAGACACUAAAAAAAAAAAAAGCUGUCACCUUCGACUAAAAACAGGAUCCCUGCUCUUAAUAAGACUUUACAGACAUAUGAUCGGCCAUUAUGUUCCUCGCCUGUCCAUGGAUGUGUGAUCUCAAUAUAAAUGGUGUCAUCAUACAUAGUUUUAUUAUAACAAUAACAUUAUAUUGAUUGCUUUGUUUAUGAAGGCGACUUUCUGUGCAAGCGCAGAGGAAAAAUUAAGAGAAAAAGAAAUUUCUUGCUUUACGAGUUUCCAAAGCUGUACUAUACUGCAGCAGCAGUGGCUGAUUAAAUCUUGUAUACUGCCAAAUAAUACAGAGAAGAGGAAAAAAGAAAAAAAAAACAAACGUUUUUUUUUUUUUUAUCCUGAGCACAUCAUAUAGGUAUUGCCAUUCCUUAACAUGAUAAUAAUAGUAGUGUUGGCUUGAUGUGCCUGGACAACAUACAGUAUGUACUACAGUUACAAAUAUUUGGAAAACAUGGCAUCAGUUCUUGGGCAGUUGAAUAGGCUCAGCAACAACACACACAGACACAGUAAGUGAAGUAGACUGUUUUUAAAAAAAAUGCUGUAUGGAAGCCUUUAAAAUGCUAUUUCACCCGUGUCCAAUUUACCCAAUUUUUUUCGCCACCAUGGGAUGUCAGUGACCCUGUAAGGGACUGUACAAAAAUUAUUAGGAGGGAAAGGGUGGUCAGAAAAGGGGGAGGGUGAUUUAUUUUUUCUUUUUGGGAAGUGAAGAUACUUUUUUUUUUUUUUUUUUUUUUUCCCUAUGGAAGAGGAGGGGAGGGUCAUUUAAUUUUUACUCACCCAAAAUGUAUAGUCCAGCUUUCCCUUAAAAUAGGGGCAUUAUAAAUAUGCCCCUUCUCAUACGCAGAGGACAAUGAGAGGGCCCAAAGAAAAUAUUAAUAACGCUUGGGAGGGUGUUGCUUUUUUAAAGAGUGAAAUAUAAGAUUCAACCCCUCUCCCCAACCCAGUAAUUUUCAUACAGUCCCUAACCUGAUCUGAACACUGUGUAUCCACGCUCCCUUUAUGCUCUCUUGCACCGUGACUAUGUGGACCAGCACCUUUCUGUAAGCAGGCAUAAAAAAAAAAAAAAAGAUGUGAUGUCUGGUCGGGUCCUUUUAUUUUGUAUAAAGUUUACACAAG